CUUCAUUCAUUGUCAGCUUCCUGGAGCCAUUUUUGAGCUGGCAGGGCUGAGACUCGCGCUAGUUUCUAAUCCAUUGCAUCUGCCUAAAUGUGCUCUCAAUAUACUUUUAAACAUACAAAUAUCGGCAAAUAAGAUCAUAAUCUACUCUUUCAUAUCAAUAUUUUUGAAUUUUGUCGCGGUGGAUUAUCUGAAAAGGGGCUUUAAACUAAAGGGACAAAGGGUACCCGAGCCCACAAAGAUGAGAAGAGGGAUCUCAUCAGCCCCGGAUAAAGUAAUAAUAGCAGGGGUUGGAGGCUCUUUAGAUAAAAAUGCGGUAUUGACAGCAUUGUCCGACCGGUUAACACCUCAUUUUACAACUGCCACUUAUAUCCAAAUUAUAACUCCACCGCCCUGCAUUACACAGACUUCAAAUGUAUGUUUGUCCGAACCUCCAGCUGGCAGUAUAUAUUCCACUCCAAACGGAGCAACAAACGGAACCGGACAACGACCUACAUUAGGACGUCCACCGGCCAAGCGGAGGUUGGCGUUGGAUGAGUCGGACCACCAGUACCCCAUCGAAGGAGCCAGGACCCCCAGGGGAAAGGCUGGAGGAGCCUCCGGGCCUGGGCUCAAGAGCCCCAAAACUCCGAGGUCACCGGUAGAGAAGACGCGCUACGACACGUCGUUGGGCCUGCUGACGAAGAAGUUUGUUGAGCUGCUGGGCCAGUCGUCUGACGGCGUCAUCGACCUCAAUCAGGCCGCGGAGGUUCUCAAGGUGCAGAAGAGGCGCCUCUAUGACAUCACCAACGUACUGGAGGGGGUGCACCUGAUCAAGAAGAAGUCUAAGAAUAACAUCCAGUGGAUGGGCUGUAACCUGUCUGAGGAUGGGUCUACGUUGACCAGCAGCCAGAGUCUGAGCAGUGAGCUGUGUGACCUGGGUCAGGAGGAGAGGAGACUGGACGAGCUGAUCCAGAGCUGUACCCUGGACGUCCAACAGAUGACAGAGUCCUCGCACAGCCACAAGUUUGCGUAUGUGACAUACCAAGACAUCCGUCAGCUACAUCACCUGAAGGACCAGACGGUCAUCGUGGUGAAAGCUCCCCCUGAGACCAAGUUGGAGGUGCCAGACCCACAGGAGGGCCUGUCGGUCCUCCUCACCAGCACCAAGGGGCCUAUUGAGGUGUUCCUCUGUCCGGAGGAGAACAUCGGUAGUCCUGUGAAGAACGGCGGCCCGGAUGUCCAAGGAAACUCCUCCCCUUUCCUCAAAGUGUCAGCAGAGAGCUCAACAGGCCGCGGCAGUAACGACUACGUCCUUCCAGAUCCCUCUGCGGUGAUGGUGACCAACCUGUCCCCCAUCACCUCCCCUUUCACCAGCCUCCUGCUGCAAACGGAGGACCAGAUCCCCUCCUCCCUGUCUGGGCUCCUGGAGGGCCACGGGGCCGGGCCCUUCGUCAACCUGUCCCCCCCGCUCCUCAACGAGGACUACAUGCUGAGCUUAGAGGACGACGAGGGGAUCAGCGAUCUGUUCGACACCUGUGACUUUGACAAGCUUCCUCUGGAAGAACUCAUGUGUCCCUCGAUGUAAGAGGGAGGGGUGGAAGACGGCAUGUGUCCCUCCCCCAUUACUGAAUAGGGAGACAUACGGGACACUUGUCUCUUCUGUGUUCACGUGUACCAGGAGAGACGGGGAAAUGUCUGCUGUGUUCAUAUGUAACUGUCAUGGAGGAGCAGAGAGAGAUCUGUCUGUAGAGAGAGACUGCACCAUGAGCGGAGCUCCUUGCCACUCCUUUCCCUCUGUUUAAAGAGGAUUAGGUACACAGGGCAUGCUGGGUAAAAGAUCUCUCUCUCUCCUUGUACCUGCCUGUUUGUCGAGGCAGUACACUGGGCCAGGUGGGUGAAAGACCCCCCCCCCCCCCCCCCAGCCCACCGUCUUUCUCUUCUUGUACCUGCCUGUUUGUCGAGGCACUGUAGACUGCCUUAAAACUGGGUCGUGUUCAGUAGGAACAAAACAAAACGUAUAAACUCAUUGAAACUGAAACAGGGGGAUGUUUUCAAUUUCAGUUGUGGAAAGGUUUUGCCUCGCUUGUGGCCUAAUGAAAACGACCCUGACCAACUCUUCUCUCACUUCUCAGACCUUCUUGAUGACUGAGAUCUGCCUUUUAUCCAAACUGGCGCUGGUGGAAACCACUCCGUAACUGUCUGUGUGUGUUUAGACAGCUGCUCGUGUGUUCCUUCUGGAUGCUUCUCUGCCGUGUCAGGUGACCAGCUUGACCCUAUGGCUGAUCUACGUUUGUGCUGAUGAGUUCUAUGCUUUUGUCUUCGUACGUAGAAUAUGGCAGUGAUAGUGAUUUUGGCACAAAAACCAUUGAGUUUGUCUUUGAAACUAUUAGGAACCAGGGCCUCUACUCUAAUACUUUAGAGCAACGCUCAUUGUGGAGAUGCUGUAUCAUAAAGUACAGGUUGACCCCUUAGUUUCUAUUGGGGACUUGUCGAGAUAUUAUCUCCUACUUAUAACUGACAUUCAUAUUAACUGUCUAAUGACUGACAAGGGAUAUUUCGCUUUUUUUGUUGUUGCUGUGGGCAAAUAAUGGGUUUACAAGCGUCACCCAGAUGAUAUUCAAGAAGUAGUGGUUUAAUCAGAAACACAAGUUGGUCUGUUCCGGUCUGUAUCGAUUUGAAUGGAUAUUUCUGAUUUGAACGGAUAUUUCCAGGAACAACCACAGUUCAAAAGCAACCGUUAUGUUAUUGCUCUGAUGGAAUUCCUCAAAUGAUCUUGGAAAGAGAGUCUUUGGCUCUGUGCUGAUGAGGCUUGGGCGCUAUACCUUCUACUGGGGAUUUAGAAAUAUUGAUAUCAUGAUUUUCAAUCGUUUUCUUUGGGGGGCGGUUGUGUGCUGUAUAUCUGAAGGUUAAGUAUAAUGGAAUCUAAGAUGUGUGAAAUGAUAUCCAGCUCAGGGCUCCAGCGUUUGGUUUGCUAACGUGCUAGCUAAGUAGCGAGAUGUCUUGUUUACAGCAGAGAUAUUCAACCCCCUCUUGGAUUUAAGAUCCCUGUUGCCUAAGUUGUUUUGUGCCUCAAAACAUUGCACCCAACUAUCAGUAAUACCGUAUACCCUUUACAGAUGUACACUUUAGUCAGCGAGCAAUGCUGUUGUAGAUGGACCUUACGCUUGCUUACGGUGCUCAUCUGAAUGUUUUAACACAGCCAUCACCCCCCCCAUUUUAAAAUCACAAGCUCAUGAAUGGAAACAUUUUCUUUUUCCAAAAACAAGCGGGUGUGGGACUUCUCCCUCUACUUAAAGGGAAAUGUGUUUUUUGACUGACAUCAGCAUUUCUUUUUGUGUGGAGAAUAAAAGGAAUGAACUUUUCACCAAGCAGAACAAGUGUGGCUACUUGGUUGAUUUGGAUGCCGAAUGAACCCUAAAUGUGUUCAGUUGUAUGUUCAUUCGGCUAAUGGGGGGGGGGGGCUAGAUAUCAUUUUUGUUGAUGUCACAGUGAAGUAGAGACAGGAUAGUCUUAAGUUAGCCCUAGAUGAUCAUUGAAUGAAAUGCCUGUUGCCUUGCUGACUGGAUGUUGGUAUAAGCUGGGGGUUGGUGCCCUGAAGUCUAGAAACCAUCUUCUUUAAAUGAAGGUAUGAUUCUGAUCACUCACUAGGUACUGUAGACUACCUCUGGCUCUAGAUGUUGUUUUAUUACUAUACUAAUGCUUGUUUAUUUUUGGGGUGUUUUAUGUUAGUCAGAUAGGUGGCCAUUUUAGUAGAGGUUCUGAUUUCUAGAGCUGUAGUCAUGGUGACAGACUGUUUGGCUUACCUCUUACCUGAUAGGUGGCCAUUUUAGCAGAUGUUCUGAUUUCUAGAGCUGUAGUCAUGGUGACAGACUGUUUGGCUUACCUCUUACCUGAUAGGUGGCCAUUUUAGCAGAGGUUCUGAUUUCUAGAGCUGUAGUCAUGGUGACAGACUGUUUGGCUUACCUCUUACCUGAUAGGUGGCCAUUUUAGCAGAUGUUCUGAUUUCUAGAGCUGUAGUCAUGGUGACAGACUGUUUGGCUUUACCUCUUACCUGUAUCUGAGUUCAGAGGUCUAGGGUGGUUUGGUGGUGACUUGAUGGUCAGGCACGUGGAUGUGUUAUGUUGAUAGAAUGGUGCAUAUAUGAAUUAAUAUUCUGAUAUAAUGGCUUGGUUUCCAUUCGUGUGUUUGUGUUUUAGCCAGUUAAUUUGUGUGUGUGUGUGUUAUGUGUAAAUGGUUUUUGCGUAGUGAGUUGCGUUCCUUGGUGACGAUAAUGAAACGGAACUCUUCAAAUUGUGAGUUCAUCUAACCAGGGUUGGGAUUCACUUCCAUUGGUGUUUCUCAUUGAGGAGAAUGGAGGGAUUUACUGAACUGAAUAUUAACGUAGUGUUGUUGCCAUCGUUGAAUCAUCCCAUUUUUCCAUACCUUUUGGGAUUACAAUUUUGUCCGUUUUCGCGUCUCUAAUAUGCUUUUGUUUGUUAUAAAGGUACUGGAAAAUGUAGAAAAAAUCCCCCCCCAAGUGCACAGAACAUUUUGUCAAUACAUUUCCUCUCUUGAUCUUUAAUUUCAUAUUUAUAUCAAUGUGAAUAUGUAUUUAUAAACUCAACUUGAAUUUUUUUUUUUUUCUUAUACUAAUUAGAUUUUCAUUCUAUAUAAGAAUUUAUAUAAAAAGGAAUUCCCUACAAUUUUAUAGCCUGGUUGAACCAGAUUGAAAGCAUUCAGUUGGGUUUAACCAGGCUAGCCAUUUUUAUCUCAUGUUGACCUGUAAUCUGGUCACAAAUUCCUCUCCGAUGUUCAACCAUUGGAAGUGAUGAAGGAAGCCUGUCUUUCCCAAUGUGUGUGGAUGAUGCUUAUUAUAACACAAAUAGUAUGCGUCCCAAAUGGCAACGUAUUUCUUAUGUAAGUGGCACUUUAGACCAGAGCCCUAUGAGCCCUAGUACACUAGAUAGGGAAUAGCAUGCCAUUUGAGACGUAACCAUGGAGAUUACACACUGCUUAUUCAAAGUUUUUUUUUCUCCAUUUUAUUUUAUAUGAAUGCAUGAGAGAGUAUGUUAUGUGAAUAUUUUUGAAAAUACAGAUUUAAUUUUCAGUUUUAUUGUAACAUGGCUUUUUAAAACAUGUAUGUUCGAUUUGAAAGCUUUGAUAUAAAUUGUGUAUAUAUAUAAAUAUAUAUAUAUAAUGCAUUUGAACACGACCAUCUGUUGGGUUGGUGCCAUUUGAGGAUGUGUUUUAUAUUCUGGAUGUUUGAAAUUCACCAAAACUUGAAUAAAAGCAAUAUAAAUAUGGCAAUUGUAA